AUGACAGAAGAAGAAUACCAAGAGAGAAAUAAAUGUCUAUGGUCUAUGUGGUUACAAACAUACAAAGUACGUUUAAAAAUUGAUUUCGAAGGGAAUAAUGGUAAUACCAAAAUACAAUACUCUGAAAGUUUAAAUUUAAUGCAGUCUGUAAAUCCUCGAGUAGUUCUACGCAAUUAUCUUGCUGAAGAAGCUAUUAAAUCAGCUGAUAAAGGAAAUUAUACAGUUGCACAACAAUUAUUUAACUCAUUGACCACGCCUUUUAAAAAUCCUGAUAUGUCAUUGAAUAACGAGGCAUUAUUACAAAAGUAUGAUGUAAUAGCUCAAGUAGUUUAUGGCCAUGAAGCUAUUCGUGUCACUCCACCACCACUGUCAUCAUUUUUAAAUGGUGAUGAAGAUGAUCAAAUGGAAUCAGAUACAGAUCAACCACAAGUGACACGUGUACGUUUGGUACAAUUUCAAAAGAAUACAGAUGAACCAAUGGUUAUUAAAUUAAAGCUAAAUGAAGAGAAUAAGUGUAUUGUUGCAAGAAUUCUACAUGGUGGAAUGAUACAUCGACAAGGUACUUUACAUGUUGGAGAUGAGCUACGUGAGAUUAAUAAUGAACCGGUAGCUGGUCGAUCUGUUGAACAUUUACAACGUUUACUGCGUAAUGCUCGUGGAAAUGUGAGUUUGAAAAUUAUUCCCAGUUAUAGAACACAUCCAUUACAAUGUGAAAUCUAUGUUCGUGCAAUGUUUGAUUAUAGUCCUGAAAAUGAUGAUUUAAUACCAUGUAGUCAAGCUGGUAUACAUUUUCAUAUUGGAGAUAUAUUACAAAUUAUUAGUAAAGAUGAUCAUAAUUGGUGGCAAGCUCGUUUAUGGGGUUCGGAUUGUCAAGCACCAGCGGGUUUAAUUCCUAGUCCAAAACUUCAAGAAUGGCGUAUGGCAAAUAAGGUAGCUGAGUUAUCACGUGAAAUGGGUAUUACACACUGUGGUGCAUGGUUUAAACGUCAUAAACGUCAUUUUAAAGAUAAAUACAAAAAUAAACAUUCAGCUAUUUAUGAUCAAUUAGAUUUAGUUACAUACGAAGAAGUUGUCAGAUUACCACAAUUUCGUCGUAGAACAUUAGUAUUACUUGGUGCACAUGGUGUUGGACGACGUCAUAUUAAAAAUUGUUUAAUUCAAUCAUCACCUGAUAAAUUUGCAUAUCCUAUUCCUCAUACAACUCGUACACCACGUAAAGAUGAAGUGAAUGGAAAGAACUAUUACUUUAUUUCACAUGAUGAAAUGAUACGUGAUAUUGCUAAUAAUGAAUACUUAGAAUAUGGUUCACAUGAAGGAGCAAUGUAUGGUACAAAAUUGGAUACAAUAAGACAAAUACAUGCAACUAGUUUAAUUGCUAUAAUGGAUGUUGAACCGCAAGCAUUGAAAAUAUUACGUACUGCUGAAUUUGCUCCAUGUAUUGUUUUUAUUGCAGCUCCAACUCUCACUAAUAUCACUAAUGGACAGAAUAAUAAUAAUAACAAUAAUGGUAACAAUAAUAAUGAUGAAAGUCUUGAAAGAUUAACACGUGAUAGUGCAUUAUUAGAACAACAUUAUAGUCAUUUUUUCGACUUAAAAAUUAUUAACAAUGAUAUUGAAGAAACAAUUAUUCAACUUAAACGUGUAAUCGAUGACUUUCAAAUCACUCCACAAUGGAUACCAGUUACAUGGGUCUAUUAA